AUGUCAAUUAAGAGAAUUAAGAAUGAACUUUUAGACUUAAAAAGAAAUCCUCAAAUAACUCGCACUGCUUGGCAGACAAAUGAAUCAGAUUCAGAUUGAUAUAAUAUAACUGCAGUAAUCACUGGCCCUGAAAACUCUCCUUAUCAGGGUGGUUUAUUUUUCUUACAACUCAAAUUUCCUACAGAUUACCCAUUCAAACCCCCAAAAGUGCAAUUCUAUACUAAGAUUUAUACCCAUCCAUUGGCGAAUGUGGGGAUAUGUGUAGUGCCCUGGAAAGGCAACUACAUCCUAGUCCUGCUUUUACUUUUGUCACAUAUUUAG